GUCGCUCCUGGAUCCUGGGGGGACUGCGGACUGCGGAGCGGGACGAAGAGGAAGAGAAAACUGAGUCUGAGCAGCAGCAGGAUUUUUAGUCUUUUAUUGAUCAGAGAGAGAAGAUGAAGGCGUGUGUUCUGGUCCUGGGUCUGGGUCUGGCCCUGGUUCUGACGGUCUGCGCGGCCCGGUCUCCGUACCAGGCGGUCCUGCAGCACAGCCGGAUCAGAGGCCGACUGCAGGGACCAAACGUCUGUGCCAUGCAGCAGAUUAAAGGCACUGAUAAGAAAUAUUUCACCAACUGCAAACAGUGGUACCAUCGCAAGAUUUGCGGAAAACCCACGGUGAUCACCUACGAGUGCUGUCCUGGUUAUGAGAAGAUUCCUGGAGAGAAGGGCUGUCCUGCCGCGCUGCCUCUGGUGAACAUCUACAACACUCUGGGUGUAGUCGGAGCCUCCACCACUCAGAUGUACACCGACCGAGCCAAACUGAGGGAGGAGAUUGAAGGUCCAGGAAGCUUCACCUUCUUCGCCCCGAGCAACGAGGCCUGGGCCGCUCUGCCCACGGAGAUCCUGGACGCUCUGGUGAGCAACGUGAACAUCGAGCUGCUGAAUGCUCUUCAUUACCACAUGGUGAACCGCCGCCUGACCUCCGAGGAGCUGAGACACGGAUCCUCCUUCGCCUCCAUGUACCAGGACUUCCAUGUCCACAUCCACCACUACAGCAACGGGAUCGUGACCGUGAACUGCGCUCGUCUGAUCAAACCCGACCAACAUGCCACCAACGGUAUUGUGCACGUGGUCGACCGUGUCAUCACCGCUGUCUCCAACAAUGUGCACACGCUUAUUGACGUGGACGAGGACCUGGAGACACUGCGUACGGCCAUUGCCGCCACAGGUCUGACCGCCAUGUUGGAGGAGGAGGGUCAGUACACCAUCUUCGCUCCCACCGACGAGGCCUUUGAGAAGAUUCCUCAGGAGACCCUGAACAGGAUCCUGGGAGACCCCGUGGCUCUGAAAGACCUGCUGAACUACCACAUUCUGAAACACAUGCACUGUGCCGAGUCGAUUGUGUCGGGGACACCGAUGGAGACUCUGCAGGGCACCGUGCUGGAGGUCGGCUGUGACGGAGACCAGAUGACUCUGAACGGGAAGGCCAUCAUCACCAAGAAAGACCAGCUGGGAACCAACGGAGUAAUCCAUUACAUCAACGAGCUGCUGAUCCCCGACUCAGCUAAAACUCUCCUGGAGCUGGCUGAAGGUUCGGCUGUUGCCACGGCAACCAAACUGUUUGUCGAAGCCGGUCUGAGUCCCCACCUGACGGGGUCUGAGCCUCUGACUAUGCUGGCUCCUCUGAAUGAUGCCUUCAAAGGAAGUGUGACGAUGACUCCUGGCAUAAAGAAGCUGAUGACCAAUCACAUCGUGAAGGAGCAGCUGUCCUCUAAGGCUCUGUAUCACGGUCAGGAGCUGGAGACGCUCGGAGGACUCAAACUCAGAGUCUUUGUCUACAGAAACUCCCUGUGCAUCGAGAACGCCUGCAUCGCUGCUCAUGAUAAGACUGGACGCUACGCCUCCAUGUUCACCGUGGACAAAGUCCUCGCUCCACCAAUGGGAACCAUCAUGGACGUCCUGAAGGCCGACGACCGCUUCAGCCUCCUGGUUGGUGCUAUCCAGACAGCAGGUAUCACAGAGCUGCUGAACCAGCAGGGGGCGCUCACCUUCUUCGCUCCCACCAACGAUGCCUUCAACGCCCUGCCACGACCCGAGCUCAACAAGCUGCUGCGUAACCACCAGGAGCUGACAGGUGUGCUCAGGUAUCACCUAGGCGAGGGCAUGUUGGUCAGUGGAGGAGUCGGAUCUCACACCAGAGUCCAACCUCUGCAGGGAGAGAAGCUGGAGCUGGGUGUGCGUAACUACACCGUCUACGUCAACAAGGUUCCAGUGGCGGACGCAGACCUGAUGGCGACUAAUGGGGUUGUCCACGCCAUCAACAGCAUCAUCAGACCUCUGCCUCCGAAGGUGGAGAGGGAACAGGCUGAUGGACCUGCAGCUCCGCUCAGAUCAGCUGCCUCCUCCAGGGCGGAUUCCAAGAGCUUCAGGAAUGAUGAUCUUUUCCAGAAGGUGAUCAGGAGCCGCUCCAGCAGGACAAUGAACCAGAGUCAAUGAAGGCACUGCGGAGAGGAGACAGACAACAUCUGAGGAACCAAAGAAGAAGAGAAGCAGGAAGUUCUCACCCUGAAGGGUCAAAGGUCACAAAUUUGAAUGGAGAAAUCCUCUUGAGAUUCUCUCACUGCUGCUGUUUUUUACUGAAGCUUUAAAAUCCAGUCUGUGAAAGGCAUUCUGGGAAAUGUAGGAAACCACUAACUGAACCAAACUAUAAAAAACUAACUUCACUCAGAGAGAUAAACAGUGUGAGAGGAUCUGAGGAGGUUUUUCUUCUUAAGUUCAUGAAGAGAAGAAGAUGAAAUAUUGUUUAUGAAGUUUUUUAACUGAUUUUUUUUUUUUUUUUUUUUACCAAAACCAAUGUUUUAUUUUCUGUGUACUGUAAAAAAAGAAACAACUAGUUUUGACCAAAUGUCACUUUCUGAGUCCAAAGUUUGAAGUUUCACAUGUAAAACUUUUGUAAAGUUUGUUUUUUACUCUGUGGUCCUGCAGCAUGUCGCAGGUUAGAGCUCAAACUAAAGUGACCUGAAGAGUUUUCUUUGUGUUUUUUUGUAAAAUAAAGUUGAGAAAUGAGUUCCAGUGAAAACACAA